UACGCGAUGGCCGCUCUCUCAACAAUGUCAGGAUUUCGAAGCGAAAACAAUGGCUCCGUUGCUCGAACAGGCGUGUUGCUGUUUUGACUAACUGUCGGAAUGGUAGCGGUAUCGUUUUAGCUCAUCGGUUUUGCGUUAAAGCCGGGCCGGAGGUGAGCCGUUUCUGUUAGGAACUCAGUGUUUUUCUUGUUCGUCUCCCGGGCCUGGCUGGAGCUGCCUACACUGUAGCGGCGGGUUGCUACUUUCGGAUGAGCGGGCAGUAGGUGUCGAAGAGGAGAGGGGUCUGAAUUUAAUCAAACUGAAGGUGAAACGAGUCUACAGAUCCUCGUAGUGAGUUGUAGGAUGGAUCCAGACGGUGGGGCAGAUUCACAAAAAGCUGUCAGUUUGCAGUGGAAAAGCUACAAACUCGUCCAGGACCCAGCCAUUAGGCGUGUCACCCAGAAGAUCUACAGAUAUGAUGGAGUGCAUUUCAGUGUGCCAGACUCUGGAUUUCCACCUGUGGGAGAACUGCGAGAUCCAAGACCCCGGAGACUGUGGUCCAGAUAUACAGAGCUGUCUCUGCCAGUGCCAAAGUUUAAGCUUGAUGAGUUCUACGUGGGUCCCAUACCUCUCAAGGAGGUGACCUUUGCUCGACUCAAUGACAACAUCAAGGAACCCUUCUUGGCAGAAAUGUGUGCCAAGUUUGGUGAGGUGGAGGAGAUGGAGAUUCUGUUUCACCCCAAGACUAGAAAGCACCUAGGCCUGGCCCGAGUAUUGUUCACCAGCACCAGAGGAGCCAAGGACACAGUCAAGCACCUGCACAACACCUCUGUCAUGGGGAACAUCAUUCAUGCUCAGUUGGAUAUAAAAGGUCAACAGAGGCAGAAAUAUUAUGACCUGAUAGUAAAUGGGUCCUACACUCCUCAGACAGUGCCUCUAGGAGGAAAGGCUUUGACAGACAGGCUUCAGCCUCAGGCUACAACACAGCCACAGCCUGACACGCCAUCAGAAAUGAGGCGAAGGCUUUCCAGUGAGCUUGCAGUUUUGGCAGCAGGGGUCCAGGCCCUCACAUCGGGAAAUGUCACACCUUCUGUAGAGGCUGGCUAUGAUCAGCGUCUAGACACACCCCCCUCCUCCAUGGCAGGUCCUUACACCCCAGGCUCCUCUGCGUCAUCUCAGGGUGGGGGAGGAACACCUUACAGCUCAAGAUCUGGGACCCCUUUUUCACAAGACUCGGGCUAUGCUGGUGGAAGGCAUCCUGGUUACAAUACUGGCACAAUGGGCAGCGGCUACCCUCCCCAGGACAUGUUACCUUCCUCAUCUUCGUCUUCUGCAGUCUCCUCGACGGUUGGAGGAUACAAAGUGUCACGCUACUCUGAUGAAGCACAGGAACCUUCAGUGUAUCACCGGGGUCGUCCUAUGUACCCCCCAACCACAUCAUACCGUCCCAAUGAGCCACCAUGCUACCCCCCUUACCCUAAUGUUGGAGGACCUGGGCCACACAUGGCACACCACUCCUCAAUGCCCCCACCACCUCUUGCCAACCAAUAUGAUCAGCCCCUAAUGUCAGAAAGGGAGAGGGAGCGUGAAAGAGACUCAGGGGGACGGUAUGGGCCAGCAGGGAUUGGUUCCAGGAGGUCAUCUUAUCAUCACCAGCAAGACACAAACUCUUCCUCAAAGUACCAUUCCCAUCAUUCCCACCACCAUUCAGAUCGCAGGGAUGACAGGGGGUACAGGCGAGACAGCCUGGGCUCUCGGUCAGGUGACCACGGCCACCAGAGACACCGCAACCACCACCAUUCUCACAACCACCAUGGCAGCAGCAGCCGCAGAAGAAGCAGCCAUGACCGGGACAGGGACAGAGACAGAGAUCGAGAUAGAGACAGGGACAGUGACUACUCUAACAGUUCGGAUCCCAGGUACAAUUCCAACUCGUACCGCUCUUCAUCUAACAGCAUGUCUCCUCCCCCAUCGUCUUACUCUACAUACUCCUCCAAAGAGCCUGCCCCAGCCCCUCCUCAGGGAUUGGACGUUUCCACUCGCCUAGGGAGCACAAGUGUCACAGAGAGGGGUUCUCUGCCUUCAUUAGGUGCUGAAAAAGACUACCAUGGUCACCACAGUGCUCUCCCUCCACCUCCCCCACCUCCUCUCCCACCAGCUUCUGUUAUUGCAGCAGCUGUAGCAGAAACACUUGGAACACUGGACUUCAACCAGGAUAGUCCUGCCGGUGAAGAACAAUGGACAAAACCCAAACGUCGUCCCAGCACCCCACCUGCCCCACCCAAGACACCCCCGCCUUCUUCUCCGCCCCACCCCACCAUUGCUUCCUCUUCUAAUUCUCCUUCUUCUACUUCGCUUCCCCACCAUCUUUCAUCUUCUUCUAGCUCCCCUCCACCCCCUCAAAGGGACUCGUCCUCCCCAGAGCCAGAUUCCACCAAUGAGAGUUUACCGUUUGUCUACCACAGCAGCAGUCUGGACUCUCGUAUUGAGAUGCUUUUGAAGGAACAAAAAGCUAAAUUCUCUUUUCUUGCCUCUGACGAAGAAGAUGAGGAGGAUAGGAAAGAGGAGAAGCAUGGGGGCGGAAGUGGAGAUGGAACAAGACGUGGGUCAAGUGAUGCGAAAGGGGAGCGGGAACAGGUGGGGGACAAUGGCGAGAAAGACCACAGGAGGAAAGGGGAAAGAGACAGAGAUGGCCACAGAGGAAGAAAAAGGGGGAAAGGGGGAGAAGGCAGGAAGAGCCCCACAGUACUUACAGCAUCUACACCACCCGUUUCUACUUAUUCUCCCCACAUCCCACCCCCAGAGGAAACUCAGGCCCAAGUCGGCCCAGCUGGUCCUGGAGCACUGCAGGAAGAGUCUUCACAGGCUGGAUCUGCUGAUGCACAGAGCCGGACAGGAGCGCACACACCACCUUUUAAUGGACAGAGUCAGGCCUCUCCUCAUUCCUCAGGAGAAGACAUGGAGAUCUCAGAUGAGGAGGAGGAGACUACGACCAUAACAACCGUGACCACCCACCAGCCAUCAGUCACCUCAGGAUCCUCACCUUCUUCAUCUCAGGCUGCCAUGACUUCACAAACAACAGACCCCUCAUCUUCACCCCCACCCAUCUCUGACUCUGCACAGCACUUUGGCACCUCCAUGCACCCUCCCAUACCAUCCUACCCCCCUCAUCUGCCCCCUCCACCACCCCCUGGUUACUCCCUACAACCCCCACCUCCACCAGGGAUUCCUCCCCUUCCUCACAUGGAGCUGCACCCUGAGUAUCCUCCCCCCAUGCCUCACCACAUGUAUGACUAUGCCAGCUCCAUGGAGCUGAUGAACCAGUACAGUGGUGGAACCCCUAUGUCUUUCCAAAUGCAGACCCACAUGUUAAGUCGCCUACACCAGCUGCGCAUGUCAUCAUCCAAUGGCACCACAGGCCCGGGUGAGGCAGCUACUGCAGACUACAAUUCCUACCAUCUCCACUCUAUUCCACAACAUCACACACACCACCCCUACAUGGACCAAGAGGGCAAUGGGGCAGGCACUCAUUAUGACCAAGACCACCGAUACAUGCCACCCCACAUGACCUAUCCCUACCCUGAUCCCCACAGCACUCAAAUACCACCCCAUCCACACCAUGGUAUCCCGCCUCCACACACUGGCUGGCCUCCACAUGUCUUACCGCCACACUACCCAUCUUAUAUGCCCCCACCUGGCUAUGGCACGAUGCUGCCUGGGGAUGGAGAUGAGUACAGGGCUCCAGGGGAGGAGAUGUCCAUGCUGGCAGAGAAUCCUCAUGAAGCCACAGUGCAGAUGGUCUUGGCCACUCUUAUCCAAGAAAUGAAGAACAUCAUGCAAAGGGACCUGAACCGCAAGAUGGUGGAGAAUGUAGCCUUUGCCACCUUUGACGAGUGGUGGGAGCGGAAAGAGACCAAGGCCAAGCCAUUCCAGACGAUGGUUAGGGGGGUUUCUGCGUUACGGGAUGAAGAGAAAAAAGAGGAAAAGGUCAACCGUCCACGGGAGCCUCUCAUGUCUCUUGUGGAUUGGGCAAAGAGUGGUGGCAUGGAGGGAUUUUCUCUCCGUGGAGCACUACGACUGCCUUCUUUCAAGGUGAAACGGAAAGAACCUCAAGAGUUUGAAGAGGGCGACAUGAAACGGCCACGACCCUCAACACCACCGGACGAAGAUGAUGAAGCUGCUGACGAGAGAAUACCAGAGGCAGACAGGCAUGGAGCUGAAAGGGACAACAAGAGGAGGAAAAAGAAGCCAAGAAAUCGGAAACCCUGGGAGCUUGACAGCGAGGGAGAAGAAACAUCUGAUGGUUCUUCUACUGAAAAGGAGGAUGAGGAAGAUGAAAGUGGAAAAGAGUCUGAUGAUGAUGUCCUCAGUGCAGACAGUGACGACGAGAGCCUCUCAUCCUCUUCUGAAGGCUCUUCAUCUUCAGGAUCUUCAUCUUCAUCCUCAGAAGAGGAUGAAGAUGAAGAGGAAGGAGAGCGGGCAGAGAGUGAAGGACCAGACAGCAUGGAUGAGUCAACUAUGGAUAGCACAACUGAGAAAGACAAUGAGAGGGAAAAUAAUGCAGCUGUUCCAAAGGCAGAUGUCAAAACAGGUGAUACAAAAGAUGGCAAGGCAGACACAACGGCGCCUACCAAACAUCCCCCCUCACCACCAUACCCACGCCCUACAUCCCCUAUCGUUCUUGUGCCCCCUCUCAAGAAGCGCAAAAAGACAGUCUCCUUCUCUACAGACGAGAACGAAAGCAAAAUGCAAUUGCCAGCUGCACCACCAUCUCCGUCGCACGUUUCGGGUGAAUCUCCCCUCCUCUCAGGCAGGCUUCCAGACUCACCCAUCACUGCAACCUCACCCAAUUCAUCUCGUCCCAGUCAGGGCAUCCAGCUGCUUCCCUUUGCCUCUAAACCAGGCGAAGGGAAUGCUCUCAUUGUGCCCCCAUCUGGACGAACCCAAGAUACAGAGGAAUCCAAGAGAGGACCCCUCAUUUCUCCCCAGACUACCCCAGUCAAAUCCCCUAGCAAACGCGGUGCAGGCAAAGAGUCUCCCAAAUCUUCUGCUCCUCCUGUUAUGGUGUGCCGCACUGUGCAGAACCUGCCUUUGGACCAUGCCUCUAUGUGUAGGAUGGCCUUUGAGGAGGCCCCAGCACCACCAUCUGUCAACAAAAGGUCCAGAGGCAGACCACGGACAUCUAGCCUGUCUACUUCUUCCUGUCACUCUCUCAGAGAGGAAGAUGAGGAUGAGGAAGAAAGUGAGCAGAGGUUAAGACUAAGAGAACAGGUUGGGGCCUCCAGCCUCCUGCAGCUGGCCUCUGCUUCAACAACUGACCUUUCUGUGUUAGCUGAUGUGGCUUUGAAAAUGGACCCUGAUCCUGGAGACUCGGAGGAGACAGAAACAUCUGAUGAAGCAGAGGAGCACAAGAUGGAAGGAAAUUACUUCGCCCCAGAGUCACUGGCCCUCCUUAUGAGUCCAGGGGCUGUAAUCGUCCUUAUGGAGCACAACUACUGCAAACCCCCUGUUGUCCCAGUACCAACUGGUGCCAAAAGGACUUCCUCCAGACAAGAUUCUUCUGUUUUGCUCCCAGCCGACCUCAACUCUAUUUCUGGGGUGCUUGAAGCACCAGAGGAAGUCAUUGGAGAUCCACUUACAUCACGGGGAGAUGCAGGAGAAUUCUUUUCUGCAGUGGGAGAGAUGUGUGACUCUGAGGAUACGGGCCAUGUUACGCCGGUGUCUCCAUCACCAAAGAAGAAGAACCUAAUUGGCAAGGGUUUUGAAACUGAAGAGGAAAAGAGCAAAAAGAGGAAGAGGAAAGAUAAAGAAAACCUUGAGGUUCAUCACACAAAAAAACAGAAGGAGCAGCCAGGCAAGAAACAGAGGAAGCGGAAAUUAGAGGACUCAGAUUUGGACGAAGAUGUGGAUGUGGAGGAGCUUGAAUCUGGGGAGCUGUCCAGCUCAGACACGGAGGAAGAGUUGGUUGAAGAAGUGAGGAAGAGUGAGCGGCUCUUUUUGCAAGAAGCAGGAGUAACAACAUCCCAGAACUGGUCGAAACCUGUCCCAGCGCCUGAGCCACCAGCUGUGAAGUUUGACAACCGCAGUGAAUUUGAGCAGAUGACCAUCUUGUAUGACAUCUGGAACUCUGGUCUGGAUGGUGAAGACUUGUUGUUUUUGAAGAAGACUUAUGAGAAGCUGCUACAGGAUGACCAUAGCUCUGACUGGCUCAAUGACACUCAUUGGGUCAACCAUACUAUAACCAAUUUGCCAAAUCCUCGCCGCAAAAAGAAGAACAUAGAUGGGCAGCUUCGUGAGCAUGUAACCGGUUGUGCCAGGAGCGAGGGGUACUACGCCAUCAGCCGCAAGGAGAAGGAUGUCUACCUGGACCUUGACCUACCCGAGCAGGUCAUACGGGAGGUGGAGAAUGUCGACACCUCGGGUGCUAACCGAGUGCUAUCAGAGAGACGUUCAGAGCAGCGACGCCUCCUCACUGUCAUCGGCACCACUGCUGUCAUGGACUCUGACCUGCUUAAACUCAACCAGCUUAAGUUCCGAAAGAAGAGGCUUCGUUUCGGACGCAGCCGAAUCCACGAAUGGGGCCUGUUUGCCAUGGAGCCCAUUGCUGCUGAUGAGAUGGUCAUUGAGUAUGUGGGUCAAAACAUAAGACAGAUGGUGGCUGACAAUCGAGAGAAGCGUUACGCACAGCAGGGCAUCGGGAGCAGCUACUUGUUCAGAGUGGACCACGAUACGAUUAUAGAUGCCACCAAGUGUGGGAACCUGGCACGAUUCAUCAACCACUGCUGCACUCCAAACUGCUACGCCAAGGUCAUCACCAUAGAGUCCCAGAAAAAGAUUGUGAUCUACUCAAAGCAACCCAUUGCCGUCAACGAAGAGAUCACGUACGAUUACAAGUUCCCACUGGAGGAGAACAAGAUCCCUUGUCUGUGCGGAACGGAGAACUGUCGCGGGACGCUCAACUAGUCGACGCACUUCUCUACCGCACUUACCAAUGGCCAAUGGCUAGCCAUACCCGUAAACACCUCCCUUUCCCCAUGAGUUCGCUCUCCUAAAUGUGUAACUUGAACCACCCCAGUACCCUAUGCUGCCCCUCCUCAUGGCCUCAUAGCCAGCCUCACAGUACCUAGGACGUAGACACGCACACACUUGGCACUUUUCACACGCAGUUUUCAUUCUCUAGGCAGUUCCACAAGCUAGUGGGUGAUGGAUUGGCGUCAUCUGGCUCUCGAUGCAUGACAAGGCCUUUAGCAUCAGCUCGUUAGUGGCAGUAUUACUGGACAAAACCGGGUGCUCCAAGGAAGUUGUUGCGUCAGUCAGGGCACGAAGGAUUUGUCAGAUUCCAUGCCAACAUCCGUUUGAAAGGAGACAAUGUGGAGAAAAAAAUAGAAAAGGACAAACGUUUAUUGGCACUCUCUCAGACAUGGCUUCAUUACUCUUUUAAAGUGACGGCAUCAGUCAGACAUGGGUCAUUUUUAUGUUCCUCAUGACUUACUUUCAAAAGGAUUAUAUUUUUGUAAAUAACUAUUGUUAGUAUCGACUUUAGUGAAGUGAAACUACAAUUUCGGUGUUCAUUUCCUUUGCCAUUAUCUCUAAGAGCAGCACUUGUUCACGUGUUUGCAUGCUGCUGUGAAAGUUGUAUUGUGCGUCUCAUAACCAGCCUCUGAAAUAUUGUUUUUUCUUUAUUGGGUGUAGCUGAAACAAAUCGGUGAGGGACGCUUUGAUCUUUAAUAAAAGCAGUAAGUAGGAAAAAAACUGCUGAUUAGGGCACUUAAUAAUUCACAAACAUGCACAAGACAUGCAAAAAUAAUAUUGUGGGAAACUAUCUGUAAACUUGGCAGCAUGCAGAGUUGUGCCAGGCUCCUACUCUCUAAGAUUUUCUUUGUGACAGUUACAGAAGCCAGGGUGUUUAUCCAGAUGUGAAGCAGAAGCAUUUGGAUGCCGUCACGUUAAUGAUAAGGAGUUCAUGUCUGAAAGGGGCUUUCUUUUGUCGGCGUCGUCCAGGAGUCACUCCUCUAGUGUCGAAUUCCUUCUGUAACCACGCACCCGUACAAAUCCGCACAGAGACGCACACGAAUACCAGAAAAAUUCAGGGUUUUUAGACUCGCUCACUAAGGGCGUAACUUUUAAGAUAAAUCACUUCAAUCAAUUUGGUCUUCAGUUAUGCAAGAUUUCCAAGCGUGAGGGUUGUUUUGGAGCUUUUUUUUAAAAAAUUUCAUUUCAUAGUAUUAUAUUAUAUUACUAUUGCUGUUAUUAAUGGUAUUGUUACUUAUUUGCAUUAGCUGUAAGUAUAUUACAGUGAAAUGAGCUUCAGUGUACCCAUCCACUGUCCUCAGUGGCUUUGUCAUCCACCAGCCCUAUAAAUCCUUUCUCCUCUCUCCACUGUGUGUUACUCUCCUGUUUUGCAACAGUCUGUAUGAGAGUAAAGCCGUUUUAACCCACUGUGAAAAUGUGUAAUUUAGGUUUCAGCUUACAGUGUGCGUGUUUUUUUUGUUUGUUUGUUUUGUUUUGUUUUUAAAUGCCACUGCUAAACUUUUAUAUUCCCCUGUUUGUUUUUUUUCUUCUCCAAACUUAUGGAUACUGACAUAUAGGUGCUUUUAACAAAUUAUUUGUGCGCUCUUUGUGGGUUCUUUAUUCAUCUACAAUAAUUAGGGCUGUGCUUGUGAAAUGCAGUUGAGCACAUGUCCAGUGGGGGUGGGAUCAGAAAUUGUCAAUGACUGUUUCUAUCACCAACACAAUGGAGGGGGAGUGUAUACAUUCAUAACUCGCAUCGCUUGUUUGUCAGCGAUGAUUUGGCACGCUAUCUGCUGUGUUAACAGAGAAGUCGCAAAAGUAUGUUCUGUUGUCGACAAGGUCACAUGUCCCUGUUUGUGGGUGAAUUCUAAAGAUUCACAAAGGACACGCAAUCCUAUUAGCAAUGAAGCUGGUUUCACAGCCGUUGCGUUUGUUGGUUAAAAGCAUGUCAGUGACGUAAGUCAAGAAAAGGUUUUGUUGCUGCUUACAAUAUAUCAUCCUGUUUCGUUUCAACACGCGCACAAAUUCCUGUUUAAACAAUUGACAAAAGCGUUUUCUGCAAAUCCUUCUCCCUAGUUGCUUUGUUAGGUUCUGAAUUACACAAGUGAGUUUGUCAGUAAUGCUGCUGGCUUUGCAGCCAUUUGCUACAAGUUUGCAUUUCUAGCAGAGCCCCGAGUCAAAUAAAGUUAUAAUAAUAAGAAGAACUCCUUCGAGGUAAACUUGGCAGAUCUUUUUGUAAGGCACAUUUAUUUGAUUUGGUUGUUUCUGUUCAAAGACGUAAAGUUCUUGUUUUCCCCUUGUGUUGCAGAUCUUUGCAGAAUUCAUGAGAAUGCAUUAUAUUUUACUUCAGUCAUCCCUUCUGAAAGAUCGUAACUCAAAAAAAAAAAUAAAAUCCUGCUUACAGUCUGUUUGCAUUGUAGAUAGGUGAAAGUGUCCGUGUCCCUGCGAGGUUAACAAUCCUAGGCAGUUUCUGAUACGUUGCAGACGGGGAUUUCAGUGACCUUUUGUGUUGUAUUUUUUUAUUUUUCAUGGCUAUGGCCGUCCAAAGUUUAACUUUGAUGUUGAACUUUUAACUAAACUCCUGUUUAUUUGUUCUUUCCCAAACAGGAAAAUGUGUAAGAUAUUUCUUGUUGCAAUGAAAGCCUUUCAGUACAAACCAACCCUCUUUAAUAAAGGAGAAAAAGAUGAAAGGAAAAAACAAAAGCAAAAACAAAAAAACAAAGAAGUACAUGUAAAUAUUGUAGAGGUGUUUGUUUCUUGUAGAAACACACUGAUUCCAAGCUGUAAAUAUGUUGUUCCGUUUCCUUACUCAAUGAGGAGGAAACAUGUACAUACCUUCCAUUCAUUUAUUUUUUAUUGUUUUUCCUUUUAAUUUGAUGAUUAUUUUAAUAUUAUUUGCAAUAUUUCUCUUGUAUUAAUGCGUUGGACCCUUUAUUAAUGGUGCAUUAAAAUAUUUUUUAAAUAAA